CCCGAUCGAUAUUCAAUUGAAUCAAAAACACUCCCUUUCUUCAAAAUUGCUCGCCGCCAUUCUUCUUCAGAAAGGUCUCUCGCUGCAGCUCUGUCAGGGUUUCAUGGAGGGUGUCAACGCCGGAAGAGAGCGGAGUUUUCGAGCGGCCUACAACCGCAUGCGUGAUUUCUCCCGAUCAAUGGAGAUUCAAUGCAAUGCUCAAGUAGCAUUGAUUGCUUACUCUCCAGAUGUUGGGAGAGCCGAGACCUAUGCAUUUCCAGGUAUUAAUGAGGUGAUGGAUCGAUUUGGUUAUGAGCCUAAGGAUUUUGGGAUGACUCCGUUUCAGAGGUACACUGAGGCCUUGGCCGGUGUUACCGGUCCGGUGACUCUGACACAGAGGACGACAGAAGAGUUGGAAAGCCUGCGUGAACGUCUGAACGCAAUCAUCGCUUCAUCACUUUCGGAGCAGUUGAACCGUGCCCAGUAGCUUGAUUCUCGUGUUUUUGUUUAAGCUCUCUUGAAUGUGUAUAUAUAUGCUCACCAACAAUAGAGAAUUCUGAGCUCUUAAUUGUUCUUAUCUAAUGGUGUUUUUGUAAUCAAAUCUUCACGGUUUAAGCUUGAAUGAAACAGAUCGUUGGUUUAAUCUGAGUUAUAGCUUCUUCAUGAUCAAAA